AUGCUGGUCGCUAUGCCCGGAGUCGCCAAAACCGCUCCAGACCUUCGUGGCCGCUUUGCUGUCGUGACCGGGGCGGGCAGAGGCAUCGGAAAAGGAGUGGCAGUUGGACUGGGAGAACUGGGUGCCAUGGUUUUCGUUACCGGCCGGAAGAGGCCGGCGCUGGAGGCCACCUGCGAACUCGUGCGGCGAGCCGGUGGUGCAGGUGUGCCGGUGCUUUGUGACCAUAGUGACGAUGCCCAGGUCGCAAGAGCUUUCGAGGAGAUCGGAAAGGCUACUGGGGGUCGAUUGGACAUCUUGGUGAACAACGCCUUCCAGGAGCCAGGAUCGUCCCCCGAGGUGGAGAAGAAGCUUUCAGAAGCCGCAAAAUUCUACGAGCUCCCUAUCUCUGUCUGGGACGACAUGCAUCGCGUGGGGCUGCGCUCGCACUACGUGGCCUCCUACUACGCUGCCCCGCUGCUGCUGGCUGCUGCAGCCGCGGAGCCCACAAGGCGACCCCUGCUUUGCGCCACCUCCUCUUUCGGCGCAGUGGUGCCCCUCUUCACGCCGGCUUAUGGCGCAGGAAAGGAGGCAAGCGACAGGCCAUGA